AUGCUGGCGCUCUUCAACCAUAACCUCAAACCUCCCGAGAGUUUAGCGGAAUUCCCGCACCUUUUCGUCGAGAAAAUGCAAAUACCUUUAGCUCUGACUAAUAUGCCUGAAGACGAGUCGCGACUCUGGAAUCGUGUUAAUAGUGAUGUUGUGCUCAGACUAAUGGGAAAGGGAGGCAAUGGACCAGAAAGGGGCGACCGCACUGUCAGCGAGAGGGGAGGCGUUUCAAUCAGAGCCGGCCGAGGGGGCAGCCUAUCCGAUAGGGGUCGGGGAAGGGGUCGCGGAUAUUAUCACCGAAACAAUUAUGAAGAGAGUGGUGACAGUCCGCCAGAGAGGAGGGACUUCAGGAACCGAACGUUUGAACGAAACCUGAGUUUAAAUGAAGAGAACGUGAAUCCAAGAGACAAGAAAUUUGAGCGAAGUUUUAGUCGCGGCGGAGGUAUUGGUGGCGCAGAAGACAACUCACGUAAAAACAACUCGCGUUCGUCUUCUGUGGAGAACUGGAGGACUGGCGGAAGGGGUGAAGACCGAGAGGGCUGGCGAACGGCCAGAGGGCCCACAGAUAACUGGAAUAAUAAUAGGAGUGGUUUGUGGAGAAGUGGUGGAGAGAGGGGUCAUUCGGACCGGUAUUCAAAUAGUAAGAAUCCCAACGACUUGUGGGAUGACAUCUCGGAGAACGACAGACGCGGCUCUUUGCCUGAAUGGAGUCUCGAUGACGGACCAGAUCUGGACGCCAAAGUGGGAACGUUUGACGCUUCCGGCGCUUUCAGAGAGGAUACCAAUGAUGACGAAGAGACCAAAUAUGACGAUGACUUGGAGGACGAUAGUAGAGAUGACGCGCGAGAAUCGCUUAAAAGUGAUGACAUUUCCAAAAAGUCUAAUCAAAACUCGAAAUCACUUAACAAUGAGUACCAAAAGGAGUCUAAAAUUGGAAAACAAAACCAAAACACGUCGAAAUCGUCGAAAAGCGAUGAUAAAAAUGAUAGCAACUCAGGCACGAAUGCCACUCUUCACCAGUCGAAACACUCACUCCAUUCGUCGGCGCAGUCUUCAUCUCAAACGCCUUCCAACUCUUCAAAUAAAUUAUUUAAAGCAAACGAUUCAUUGAAUUCUAAUUCAAACUCUCAUAACAUUAAGAACGCGUCCGAAGAGGACGGGUUCGCGCAGUUCGCACAUCUGGAGAAGGAGGCGGAGAAUAUGGUGGCGCAGUGGACGGCCGAUGACGAGCCCAAACACGCGGCCGCCCCUCACAACACACCCCCAGUGGAGGACAACCAGAGCUCACACAACAGUAUUGUUGUGCUGCCGGUGCAACACGAGGACGCGUUCAAGUGGUUCUAUCGCGACCCCCAGAACGAGAUCCAGGGGCCGUUCACUCCGCACGAGAUGUACGACUGGUUUACCGCCGGUUACUUCGCAAUGGAUCUUCUAGUCAGGAGGGGAUGCGAUGAGUACUUCUCACAGUUGGGCGAACUCUUCAAACACUGGGGAUGUAUUCCAUUCAUUCUGGUUCAGGGCUCGAACCCACCGCCCCUUCGCACACAAUCAUCCGCUCCCUCACACCCAUCAGCAUCUCAUCCCAUGGCCGCCACACAGCCUCAUCAUCUGCACCAUCAGUUGCCACCACACGCGUCACACCCGACACCACAUCCAUCACAACCACCGCAACAGCAAAACAUUUUGACGAAUCAACAGAGCGUUGACAUGCAGUCACAGUUGAGACAACUGUUGGCUCAACUCAAAAAACAAGACGGCUUUUCAGAACUGUCACAACAACAGCAACAGGAGGUACUCGUCCAGCGAUACGUCCAUUUGGAGCAACAGAGACAGCAAUCACUUCAGUCAUCCAUUCCUAUAAGAUCUGCAAAUGAAGAGCACGUCUCACAACAAAUGGCCGCUACUUUGGACGGACUGUCGGGUCUCCGAAUCCAAAACGCGAGACCGCAACCAAUGGUCAACAAUAACAGUCAUCCACAACACGUUCAGAGCAUUUGGGACAUGAAUUCGGGCGCUCUUUCGGUUUCGGCCAUCGAAGAGAUGCAACGAAAGGAACAGGAGUUGAAAGAACUCGAGGAGAGACGCAAAGCGUUUGAAGACGAACAGAACCGCAAGAAACUGGAGGCCGAAGAGCUCCAGAGGCACAUGAAUGAGGAAAGAGAGCGUAAGUUUCAAGAGCUCCAGAAGAAGCUCGAAGAGGAGAGACUCCGAAAUCAAGAGCUGCUCCGCAAACAAGAGGAGGAGAAGAGACGGCGCGAAGAGGAGGAGAGGCUUCGUAUCGAAGAGGAAGAGCGAAGGACUGCCGAAGAACAGGAGAGAAGGCAUAAAGAGUUGUUACGACUGGAGGAAUACGCGCGAAGACAAGCACAUCAGGAGGAAGAGAAGAGACGCCAAAUAGAGAUGGAAAAAGAGAGACAAAGACAACAAUUACAUGAUAUGGAAAGGGAGAGAGCGCUGGAGAUGGAGAGACUGAGACAACUGCAACAACAACAGCAACAACAGGAGGCUAUGAUUAAACUACAACAGCAACAGGAAAAGCAGCGCAAGGGUUGGGGACAAACGGCGCCCGAAAUGAACCAAAAGCAACACAACUCUCUCUCAUUGGAUGACAUCCAACGACUCCAGGAGGAGAAGGAUCGCGAAGAGAAACAAAGACAAAUGGCUCAACAGAAGCACAUUCAGGCGCUCUAUGCGGCCCAACAGCAACAGCAGCAACAGAACAAGCAGUCUCUGGGAUGGGCCGCACCGGCAUAUCAACAACAGAGCGCACCCGUCAAGACAUUGAGUGAAAUACAGAAGGAAGAGGCGGACAAACUGGUGAAACAGCGCACCAUUGAGAGUAAGAGACAACAAACACAAGUGACUAAUAAUGUGCCAAACGCUGGCAUUUGGACGAAUGCCAACAAUCAGCUCUUUGGACAGGCAGUGCCGCCACAGCAGCAGCCCCUCCAACCCACACCUAAGACCAACAACAACCCCCCCAUCGGCUUCUGGGAACCGGAACCGCGAAAACCUGUUCAGACCAAUAGAGCCACCAUUGAUAGUGCCUUACCUUCAAUGCAAGCAUUAAAUUCAAAGGGCAAUACAAAUAACACUCAAUUUUACACGAAAUCCAACGCCAGGGAUAAAAAAGAAGAGGAAUCCGUUUUACGACUCUUCGAAAACCAAAGGCGACAAAAAACGGAUGAAUUCACCCAAUGGUGUAUUGAAGCCCUUUCUAAAUAUCAAACGAGUGUUGACAUUCCGACAUUCAUAGCAUUUCUAAAGGACGUGGAGUCUCCCUUCGAGAUCAGUGAUUACGUGCGUUCAUAUCUGGGAGAGGGGAAAGACGUGAAAGAGUUCGCCAAACAGUUCAUCGAAAGGCGCUCUUAUUUCAGAAAUCGGGCCAAAAAGGAGGCCUCAGAGGAGCUGAUGUGGGGUCCGGCACCGGCCAUAACUCCGUCCGUAAAUAAAUUAAGUCAAUCGGGGGCGUCGUCUGCGUGUGCGGUCACGUCGGUGCCCAACAACAACAGCACCAGUGAUGCAGAUAUGAGUGGAUUCAUAACGGCCUCCAAGAAGAAGAACCGGAAGGCCAAGAGAGUGGUCGACAACUCCAUACUGGGCUUCACAGUACAGGCAGAUCCAGACCGUAUGCCCGGAGAGAUCGAACAGAUGGAUGACUGACUCACUACUCACUACUCUAACCAUCAGUUGCGACACUAAACCAUAAUAACCACUAAAUGAAUACCAUUUCUGUUGACACGAAUCCUUGUGUUGAAUGAAUUGUACAGUAUUUGGAGAUAUAUUUACUUAUUUACAGCUUAAGUAUAUAUUAUAUAAAUGUUAUAUAAGUGAAUUGACAAACAAUUGACAAAAUAUUAAACGAUUUAACUCUUGAGACACAUUAAACUAAAUGACAGAAACAAAUCGACGGG